AUGCGCAGGAUUUGGUUGGCCAGAGUGGAUGCGGUGUACCGGAAGGAGAAAUUUCAGAGGAAAAAGGUGGCACGGGCAGCAAUCUAUGACUUCAUGCGGCAUGCGAGGCUCUACAGAGCGGGAAAGUUGAGGAAGGCAGGCCGCCCUAACGCGUGGUCGCACGGCGGCGCGAAGGGCGGGGAGGAGGAGUACGGCGCGUACGGCGCGGACACCGCGCUUUAUAACGCGCUGUCCGCGGCUAUCGAUAGCGGGGAUGACCCGCCCACGCUGGCGUCUUUCACGCCUCCCGACCUGCCCGAAUGGGACCCCAACGACGUGCAAGUGGAGGUGCCGGUGGUGUUCUACCAUGGCCGCCCGGGAGCCUCGCCCUGCCAUAAGUCGCAUUAUGUCUAUAAAGUAGUCUCCGAGGCGCGCAAGCACAACAACGCGGUGCAUUUCAUCGGCCCUCGGGAGUGUCGGCAGUUUUUCUUCCACAUGGGGGUGGCCUUCGAGGAGCAUGCGGAGUACGAGGAGGUGUAUGAGUGGUUCAUUCGCAACCUUGGGACUCCCGUGGACGUGCAUGUGCGAUGGUUCAUACUAAAGAAGUUCAUGGAGCGCCACAACUACGGACGCAUAUUCCACCUCGCCACCGAAGUCAUGCUCUUCGCCAAUGCCUCCCAGGUGGCGGCAUGGCUCUUCCCUAACUCUGACCUCGCUCUCCCUGCGCGCUGGCCCAGCAUCAGGCCUCCAUUGAGGCCCACUCAGUACUCCUCUGCAGGAGUGGGCACGCACAUAGCCCUCAUGUCAUACGCAGCGCUGGUGGACUGGUGUCUCUUCCUGCACGCUGUCUUUGACUCGGCCAUGUUCGGAGGAGACAAGGACACCCAAGACCUGGUGCUGCUGCCGUCCUACGUGGAUGUUACAAUCAUGGGCUGGUACACUUUCGCUGGCUGCUGGCUGCAGUGGGUGGAGCCCCCAUGUGUGUCAGGCGUCAAACCCGAGACCGCCAAGGCACUCCGCAAGCGGGGCAUCCAACCGCGCUUCCGAGUGCAAUCCCUCUGCCAGCCGCGGCGCUGCCUCAACUCCUCCUGGUCCGACCCCGGCCUCUGCGUCUUUGACAACAACUUCUCCCUCACGCCCGGCCGCCCGUUCUUCAAGUUUAAAACCGGGGACAAGUGUCCGAGCACGAUGCACUAUGGGUUUUACCGCGGGUGGGAGGAGGAGGCGCAGACGGAGCCGGUGCAGUUCCUGGCGGUGCAUUUCAUGCAUCGCAAGAAAGAGUUUCUGAGUACAAAGUUUCCGCCUGAACCAGAGAAGUCGUGGGGUAGUGCGAGCGAGUAG